UCUCGUUACUUCGAGUCGGACAGCGAAAAGGCACUGAGCCGAGGCGAACACCGGUGCUUUCGAAGGAAAGAUGGGGAACCCUCUGCCGGUCAAUCUGGCGCAGGAGUGCCGAAAGGCCAACAAGAUCAUCACCGAGUUCGUCGACCCGGCUCAUGGCGGUCUUGACCGGGUGAUCCCACUCUCGGUCCUCAAGCGGGCCCAGGGCUUUGCCAUCUUCUCGGUGGCCAGAAUCGGAUUUCUCAUGUCUGCGCGCGCAGGCUCGGGCGUCGUCAUUGCCCGUCUGCCCGACAAUUCCUGGUCGGCUCCCUCUGCGCUCGGUCUCGGCGGCCUCGGCGGAGGCUUCAAUGCCGGUCUAGAUGUGACGGACGUCGUCGUGGUCCUCAAUAGCAAGUCGGCCGUGAGGAGCUUCAUGAGCACCGGCAGCCUGCAGUUUGGUGGCAACCUCGGCGUCGCCAUCGGUCCACUGGGCCGGUCAGCAGAGGCAAGCGGGGCCGUCAGCUCCCAGGGAAAGGUCGCCGCCAUGUUCUCGUACAGCAAGAGCAAGGGUCUCUACGGCGGCAUCUCGCUCGAAGGCACCGUGCUGGUCGAGCGGUCCGACGCCAACAUCAAGGCGUACCAGCGCCCUUGCUCCUCCAAGUCCAUUCUCUCAGGCAGCGUCGAUGUGCCGUCCUGGGCUGGGUCACUCAUCUCGACGAUUGAAAAAUUCACCCUCUCGGGCGAGGUCAGGGCGGGCAUGGAUGGCGAUCUCGGCAUGCGGGGUGCGAGAAACGACGAGGACGACGACAACUGGUACGAGGACUACGGCAGCGGCGCGAGGCGAGGCGAGAUUGACGCACUUGAUCGCGAGUUCCAAGCCAGUAGUCUUGGAAACGGGAAUCGACGUAGGACGGAAGACUACGCCAAUCGCAGGACGGGAGAGUACGCAUUUGGAUCGAGCCAGGGGGGCAAUCUCACAAAUUCGCCGACAAAGGAACGCAAGGGCUUCUUUGGCUCCACGUCCUCGAGGGCUGGGACCGACUACAGUGGUGCGGAUCCGCGGGAUCAAGACGCCUUUAGCGUACCAUCUUCCUCGCCCGGGAGGAAUCGAUCGUCGAGCCUGCUCGAAGACGGUGGUUCUUAUGCAUACAGUGGCGUCCGAGAAAGGAAGGCUGCACCUGUGCCUGCCUCUAGGAGCCCGACGACGAGGAGUAAUGUCUUAAUGAGGAACCAGCGAGGGGGCACAGGACUCGAUGGCGCGCAAUUUCCGACGCACUUCGGAAGAAAUCAAGACGAUGACGACGACGAUAUCUUCGGAGACGGACAUGCCGUCUCGUCAGACACGACACCGCGCUAUGCUCCAAAUCACUCUCCGACCGUGGGCGACUACGGUGGAAGCACAUACAACCCACCAUACGUGCCUCGGAAGAAGCCAACAAAGCAGGCGACGUGGACUUCAUCGGACUCAAUGGAUUCGGAGCGCGAUGAGAUCACGGGCGCAAGGGGCCUUGGGUCCUCUUCGACGGCCUACUCACGAAGCGCUACAGGCUCAAAGCUCUUGAAUCAAGAGAAUGCUAGGCGCAAUGGCAUGGACUCGCUCGAUGCCGAGCUUCAGAGAACUUCCGGAGAUCACUUUGCAGGAGCAGACGCCAACCGCAGAGACGUGGGGGCUGGCUGGAGGUCAGACUACGGCCUGCCGAGGGAGGAUGAGGUCACCGACAAGCCGCAGCGGCCCCAGUAUCAGAAGCGGUCCAGCUCUACAAGAGACAUUUGGAAUCGAGUCAGAGGCAACAGUCGGACCACUCCUCCGCCCAACCUGACCGCUGAUACUUCAUCCCCAAGGAACAACCGAUCUUCACCGUCCAGGAGCCCUUCGCCGGACCUGCUGGGCUCCUCGCCGCCAACGACGGCGUCAGGCUCUGCUUCAGGGGGCAACAACUUCCAAGCGGCCGAGUCUCAGGUCAUUGCUUCGUUUGACUUUGAAGCACAACAGCCGGACGAUAUCUCCUUUAAGCGCGGCGAUGUCAUCGACGUCAUCAAGCGGACCAACAACCGCGAGGAUUGGUGGAUGGGCAGAAAUGCCUCGAGCACCGCCAAGAGGGGCGCGACGGUGGGCACUUUUCCGGCGAAUUUCACGACUGAUGUUUGA